UUUCGGAUUCAGCGUUGCGGAUAACCCCCAGUAUGGAUGGAAACGUCCAAGAGGUUACCCUUGCACUGCAAGGAACUCUUCAGCAAGAUCCCAAUAUAAGGAAACAAGCUGAAAAUCGUAUCUGGGAGUAUGGAAAGGUCUCAGGCUUCGCAUCGCUUCUUCUUCGAAUCGCAUGCAGUGAAGAAGCCGCAGCUGAGAUUCGAAUGGCGGCAGCGAUUGCCUUGAAAAACUUUAUUAGGAAAAACUGGAGUGAGGCUCCAGAAGUUGACCUCAGUCCUGAAGAAGAGGAAGAGAUCCGGCAGUCAGUGCUCCAAGGGAUGUUUCUUAUUAGAGGCAACUUACAGAGUCAGCUUUCACAUGCAGUACAUUUGAUGGCAAAGAGGGACUUCCCGGAGCGCUGGCCGUCGUUAGUACCAGCACUUGCUGAACAAUUGAAAGUGGACGAUCUUGGUCGGCUAGUGGCGUCUUUGUUGGCGAUGGAUCAGCUAUUCAAGAAAUUUCGUUAUGAGAGCAAAUCCACUGCUCUGUGGACUGAGCUGAAGUCUUGUCUGCUUACGGUGCAAGAGCCUCUUACCCGGGUAUACGCGAAAAUGCUCGAGUUUAUCCCGCAGCGAAGCACAAUGUCAGCUGAAUCCGUUGUACAAUGGUUAGAGAUUCUGUGUCUCGUUAGCAAAGUGUUCCAUUCACUGUGCUUCCAAGAUUUGCCUGAGUACUUCGAGGAUAACAUAAAACCAUGGAUGGAUGGAUACUUGGAAAUAAUGAAGAUGGAUUGUCCCAGCGUCUCUUCUAGUGGUGGCGAACCUACUUAUCUUGAUGAACUAAAGAUGGAAGUUUGCGAAAUAUUCACACUGUAUGCGCAGCGAUUUGAAGAGGAGAUCAGUCCCUUCAUGCAGAAUAUCAUCCAAGCUGUAUGGCAACUUGUUGUACAAACAAAUAGUGAAACGAGAUAUGAUGGCAUGGUAUGUUCGGCCCUGGAAUUUCUUUCAAUCAUUUCGCAAAAACCACACUACGAAAGCUAUUUUGUUGGGGAAGGUGUAUUGCAAACUAUAGCACAAGAUGUAUGCGUGAAAAAUAUGCAGUUGCGACAAGAAGAUUUGGAGCAGUUUGAAGACGAACCUAUUGAGUUCAUGAAGAAGGACAUAGAAGGGACGGAUUCAUGUACGCGAAGACGGGGUGCGAUCGAACUCGUGCGAGCUCUUUGUCGUAAAUAUGAGCAACAGUUAGUGCCUAUCCUUGCGCAGAUCGUGCAAACAUUAUGCGCUGACGGAGAAUGGAUGAAGCUUGAUGUUGUAUAUUGUCUUGUCACUGCUAUAGCAUCAAAAACCGAAACAGCCAAAAGUGGUGCUACGAGUACGAGUCAGUUGAUAAACGUGGCUGACUACUACGCUGGGCAAGUGCGAGGGCAUCUCUCUUCAAAUAUUGACGAAACUCCCAUCUUGAAGACGGAUGCAGUGAAAUUUGUUGUCACAUUCCGGAACCAGUUACCGGCUGAAGUGCUUGUCGAAGUGGUUCAAGCGGCUGAUCGUCUUCUAACAGCUCGUUUACCCAUCCUCCACAAAUAUGCUGCUUACGCUAUUGAUAAGUUGCUGCUUGUCAAGGAACCAAAUGGAAGCGGUCCGCUAUUAACAGCUAGAGUGGUACCUGUCGGCUCAUUGUUGAACAAUUUGGUUUCCGGUUUUGAUAAAGAUCCCAAAGCACAAAACUCUCCCUAUUUGAUCAAGGCUAUACUACGAUGUGUGGCAAUACUCGAUGAAGAAACUGCGCGUCAUGGUCAUCAGAUUGCAUCCAAACUCUCGGCAUUAGUAGCUGCAGCCACAAAGAAUCCGGCAGAUGCAGUUCAUACUCAUUUCUUAUUUGAGACAAUGUGUGUUCUUAUAAAGAAGACAGAAACCCUUCCUAAUGGAAGCUUGGAUGGCGAGCUCAUGCCUCUCAUCGAAACGAUUCUCAGUCAAGACAUUGCUGAUCUCAUACCGUAUGCGCUUCAAAUCACAGGUGUGCUGUUAUUGUCAUCAUUCACCCGAUCUAGCACCGUUGAUCCGAAGUAUGUUGCGUUCCUGCCUUAUCUCCUAUCUGCGGAGUUAUGGGCGCGAUCUGCCAAUGUACCCGCCGCUUUGUCCGUGUUGGAGACUUUCCUGAAACGUUGCCCUGAGGCUGUAGUCAAAGCGCAUGGUGCACUAAUAAUGCAACAUUAUUCUCGACUAGUUGGAUCCAAGUCUCUUGAUCAGUACGGUUUUCAAAUGGCAAAUGCUAUUCUCCCUGUCGUCGAGAUGAUAGAAGGCGUAGAAAAUCCAAUGACUGUGCUGCUCAAUAAUAUGUUCCGAAGGGUUCAGUUCAGCAAGACACCCAAGUUUAUGAAGCACUUCGUUGUGUUCCUAUGUCGAUUUGCAAUCAUUCGAGGAGCAGAGUUACUUGCCAAGUCUGUUGAAGCAAUCCAAGCUGGAAUGUUCCGGAUGUUAUUGGAGAAAGUAAUCGUUGCGGAAUUGAACGCCUUGCAAAACCUCACCACGAUGGACGACAAGCGGACUAUAGCCAUUGGGAUUGCUAAUAUAUUGGCGGAUGCUACCAACUACGUCGGUGAUCAAUACGGAAAUUUGGCCGUUGGUGUUGCACAACUUGUUGAAGCUCCAUCGGCAAGCGAUCGCCCUGUGCUUUCUCCAGAAGAGGAGCAAGCAUCUAUGUACAAUGCUGAAGGAGAGUUUACGAACCCAUACUGUCGGCUAAGCUACGCUCCAAAGCCUGACCCUCUUGUGCCGGAGAUCACGAACUUUAAAAAUUAUCUCGCACGAGCUGUUCUACAACGUGGACCUGCAGCAAACUCUGCCGUUGAAGCCUGUAUACCGGCAGAGCUGCGAACACAUCUCAUGGCUUAUGCCUGAAGCUAGGUCAGGUUGAACAAAAUGUUGCACUGAUGCCUCUACUGUGUUAUGCGAGUUUUUUUUUUUGAGAGAGAGAGAGAUCCUCUCUUUUUUACUUUUCUCGUUUUUGUUGUUGUUCAAGUUCAUGCGCCCGGCCUUUGUGAAUGCGAGGUAGUUUCCUUCCCGGCGUAGUAUAUUUUUCUCCAUAGUGGAUCAUAUUGUGUUAAGCUUUUUGAUGCUACUCAAAGCGGGGUAUGCUUAUUCACAUAAGAUUCUUUUUACGAUCUUUUUAUCAUUCUCAAUCGAGAUUUUUUUUUGCAUCGUUGUUACUUGCCCUCAAGCUUUUGUCACAUUCUCAUAUUUUAAUAUGUACGUCUCUGUAUAAUAAAAUCACAGUAGCGC